CAGCCUUGUUAGCCUUUCUGAGCCUUAGCCUACAAUUCUUGAAAACUACUUUGCAAAAUUUGGAAACCACAAGACCCUUCUUUAGGGGAGAGGGAUAAUGAACUUUGAAUAGUUCUUAUUAUGCAUAUUUUCUCUUCCAUGCUGAUGAAAAAUUGCCACGUAACUUGAAAAAAAAUAUUUGCUGUGUGACCUACUUCCUACGUCAGUGAAAAAGUUUUAAACAGUUUGGUUGCAUGGAACUGAAAGAACAGUCUGUAUUUAAGGCUACCACUAAGGAAAAAAAUUCCAGACUGAAAUGGCUGCUUUCUUUGCAUACUCUUUUUGGACCGUUCGUGCUUGCAAGGGAAAAAGAAAAUGGGAAACAGAUUUCCUUUCUUUAAUUCUAAUUUUAGUACACUUGAUCCCUGUUAACCCUGUUAAAGAAGAUGAUCUUGGCUCCAAGAAUCGAAAGAGAAUAAUGCCUGAUACUCUGACGGAGACACCUGCCAUAGAUCCCAUUUUCGAAGCCCAGUUUUAUUGUAACAUUCCCAACAUACCUGAACGCAGUAUGGAAGGUCAUGCACCUCACUAUUUUAAACUGAAUUCUGUUCAUGUGCUGAUUCGCCAUGGGGACCGAUAUCCUCUUUAUGCCAUUCCCAAAACGAAAAGGCCAGACAUUGAUUGUACAUUAGUGCCCAACAGGAAACCUUCCCAUCCUCAGCUUGAAGCUUUUAUUAGCCAUAUGUCUAAAGGAUCAGAGACCCAAAUGGAUGGCACUCUGAGCAGCAUGCCUCGUUACCCUAGCCAUUCACUGUGUGAAAUGGGAGAGCUUACACAGACAGGUAUUGUACAGCACUUGCGAAAUGGACAACUACUUCGGAAUAUUUAUAUAAAGAAGCAUAACUUGAUACCAAGUGACUGGACAAGUAAACAUUUGUAUUUGGAGACAACUGGAAAGAGUCGAACCCUACAGAGUGGGCUGGCGCUACUAUAUUCCUUCUUGCCGGAAUUUGAUUGGAAGAAGAUUAACUUUAGGCACCAGUGGAGCACAAUUUUUUGUUCUGGAAGCUGUGAUUGUCCGAUAAGAAACCAUUACCUAGAGGAGGAACAACGGCGUCAGUACAGCCUACGGGUGAAAAACAUAGACUUGGAGAAAACGUAUGCAGAUAUGGCAAAGAUUGUCGGCAUACCCACAAGGCAGUUAAGGGCUUCUAACCCUGUAGAUUCUAUGCUGUGUCAUUUUUGCCAUAAUGUCAGCUUCCCAUGUACCAAGAAUGGCUGCAUUAACCUUGAGCACUUUAAAACAAUCAAGACACAUCAACUUGAAGAUGAAAAAGAGAGGCAGGAGAAGAAAUAUUACUACUUGUAUGCGCUACUGGCCACUCAUCCUCUCCUUAACCAGACAGCCAGUCGUAUGCAGCGCAUUGCAGAAGGCAAGAGAGAAGAACUAUUUGUCCUUUAUUCGGCUCAUGAUGUCACCUUGUCCCCUGUUCUGAGUGCCUUAGGCAUCACUGAGGCCAGGUUCCCAAGAUUUGCAGCUAGACUAGUCUUUGAGCUGUGGAAAGAUGGAAAGAAACAUAAAGAACAUUUUAUCCGCAUCCUUUAUAACGGUGUUGAUGUCACAUUCCAGACUUCAUUCUGCCGGGAUUAUAACAAACAUUACACCAAACUGAUGUGCCCCUUAGAGAAGUUUGUUCGUUUUGUUAAACAAGACAUGUUCUCACCUUUUAAUAGCACCAAUUACUAUGAUGCAUGUCACAGGAGGCCAUUCUAAACAAGGGAGGAAUAAAAUGUUACAUUUUGUAUUGUCAGAAAAAAUGGUCUCCAAGGAAGCUUGACACUGUCAAAUCCUAGUGUGCCUAAGUGCAAAUGAAUAUAACUUGAAGAAGUGGUUUCAUUGUCCCCUGCAUUCUAGAUUGUUUUAAAAUGUCAUCAAUUCAUAAUUCAGCCUUAGCAGCACAGAGCCUAUGUUCUUUUGUGCUCCAACUUGAUUUGUCUCUUAGCUGCUGUAAAAUGGAUAUUGCUUGAAGAACUGAAUGAGUGCAUUCUGGUUCCUUGUUGUUCCACUGUAAAAGUUGCCACAGUAAACACAAACCAUACUUGUCAUAAUUGAAAGUAUCCUUCAUUCCACGAAUCCAUUCAUAUGAUCUAGCUAAAGUAGGAAUCAUUUUUCCCUUAGGGCAAAAGUGUAUUAUAGGCAGGCUUUGGUUUUGUUUGGGUUUUUUUAAAAGGUGGGUGGAUUCAAAUGCUUCUGCAAAUGCUUCUGAUGUGCUCUCAUGAACACAUCACUUCUAGCUACCAUACAGGGAUUAGUUCAUACAGUACAUGAUGUAGAUGCUGUAAAGACUUGUUACUUAAUGGUAGAGGCUGCCACAUUUGACAUGGCUUCUUGUUGUGAUUGGUUGGAAUACAUGGGUAUCUACAUCAGCACAGAUGACUUCCUAGGAGGCAUUAACAUUGUCAGAAAUACUUUUUUGAAAUUACCUGUACAGGCAAUCCAACACAGGAAGCCGAACCCCCAGCAUGUAGAAGUGUUUGGGUUUUCUUUAGGUAAGGAGCUAUCAUAUUAUAUACAAAGCAGCCCCUGGGGUAGAUGGAAAGAAAAGUUCCGUUCUUUGCACUUUUAGCACUUUAUGUGUACUUCAAAGUACAAGUUGCGUCAGAUGCUAGAAAGGAUUCAUACACAGGAAGUGAAACCUUAAAAUUGGGCUUCGGAUACAUUCUUUAGGAACUGUUUAUGUUGUUCAGAUCAUUUGUGCUGUGAUAAGAAGCAAAGUGUUAUAGCCGUAUGUUGUAAUGGCUGCAUGUAGCCCAACAAGAACUUGACUUAAUGCUUAAUUUUGUAGUCCAUUUGGUACUUUUAUAGACUAGGAAGACAUUUUAUAAGCUCAGUCUUGUUUUUUACUGUAUGGUGAUUGUACUAUAGUGUACGUACUAGAUUUUUUCUUCUUCUAACCUUCUUUGUAAAGGGAUGCCAAAAGCUGUUUUUCAACGCUUUACUUUGGGAAUAGUACACAGAUUCAGAAAUCUAUUAUCAAUAAUUUUACUGGAUAAACUAAUAAUGCAUAUUAACUCAAAUUUUAGAUUCUUUACAUCGGAUUUUUAGACAGCUUGGAAAAGCAUUCUGUUACUAUUGCAAUGCUGGGUUUUGUAAUGUCAAGAGUUUUUAACACACCCUGAAACCAGACUUUAGUGUAAUUUGUAUUGAAAUGGUGGUAGCAAUUAAAAGGAGCUGUAAUUUGUGUUCCGACUUUA